CCAGAUCCUCAGCGUGUUGCUUCCUUCCUGCUGCCUCGUGACAGCGUCACAUGAUAGUGGUUCGUGACGUGUUCGUGUUGUAGUUAUCGUCAGCUGUUAGCGGAGAGGUCAUCAUUGGUUCCAGUCUAGAUAAGUUGUAUCCUACAGGUGUGUCAGAAUGGAUAUCCGAGGGGCAGUGGACGCUGCCGUUCCCACCAACAUCAUCGCUGCAAAGGCAGCUGAGGUCAGAGCCAACAAGGUCAACUGGCAGUCUUACCUGCAGGGACAGAUGAUCUCUGCUGAGGACUGUGAGUUCAUCAAGAAGUUUGAGGUGGCAAACUCUGAGGACAAACAGACCAUCCUGACCAAUGAAGGGCAUCAGUGUUCCAAGACGUUCCUGAACCUGAUGGCUCACAUCUCCAAGGAGCAGACAGUCCAGUACAUCCUGACCCUCAUAGAUGAUACCCUGCAGGAGAACCACCAGAGAGUAAACAUAUUCUUUGACUACGCAAAGAAGACCAAGAACACUGCCUGGUCCUACUUUCUUCCCAUGCUCAAUCGCCAGGACCUGUUCACCGUACACAUGGCAGCCAGGAUCAUCGCCAAGCUUGCCGCCUGGGGUCGUGACCUGAUGGAAGGAAGUGAUCUCAAUUACUACUUCAACUGGAUCAAGACCCAGCUCAGCUCCCAGGAAUUGGUGGCCGUAUCUUUGAGACUGUUUGAGAAACCAGGUUUCUUGUUGGAGCUUGGCCAUGUAAAUAGGGAGCAGAAUGGCUAUUUGAAAGGGGAGGCACUUAGCAAUGUGAAUAAGAAGCUUCAUGGUACAGGUGCAGACACAGCAGGACAAGGCACUAUGUCUCCCAGUGAAAGUUCCCAGUACGUGCAGUGUGUAGCCGGCUGUCUACAGCUGAUGCUGAGGGUGAAUGAGUAUCGGUUUGCCUGGGUGGAGGCAGAUGGAGUCAACUGCAUCACGGCGGUGCUCAGCAAUAAGUGUGGUUUCCAGCUUCAGUACCAGAUGGUCUUCUGUGUGUGGCUCUUGGCCUUCAGCCCUCAGCUAUGCGAGCAGCUGCGUCGCUACAAUGUGGUUCCAGCUCUGUCCGACAUCCUACAGGAGUCUGUUAAAGAGAAGGUCACACGCAUCAUACUGGCUGCCUUCAGGAACCUGUUGGAGAAGUCAGCCGAGCGGGAGACCCGUCAGGAAUAUGCCCUGGCCAUGAUCCAGUGUAAGGUUCUGAAACAGCUGGAGAAUCUGGACCAGCAAAAGUACGAUGACGAAGAUAUCACUGAAGACAUUAAGUUCUUGUUGGAGAGUCUGGGUGAGAGUGUUCAGGACCUCAGUUCUUUUGAUGAGUACAGUUCAGAACUGAAGUCUGGUCGUUUGGAGUGGAGCCCAGUCCACAAGUCAGAGAAGUUCUGGCGUGAGAAUGCUGUCCGCCUCAAUGAGAAGAACUAUGAACUCCUCAAGAUCUUAACUCGGCUGCUGGAGGUUUCUGAUGACCCUCAGGUUAUUGCUGUUGCAGCUCACGACGUUGGAGAGUACGUCAGACACUACCCUAGAGGAAAACGGGUCAUAGAGCAGUUGGGAGGUAAACAGCUGGUGAUGAACCAUAUGCACCAUGAAGACCAGCUGGUUCGCUACAAUGCCCUACUCGCCGUGCAGAAACUUAUGGUUCACAACUGGGAGUACCUGGGGAAACAGCUUCAGUCAUCUGAUCAGCAGCAGCAACAGGCUGUGACUGCAAGGAGCUGAACUGACCCCUGAUCUUUGACUCCUGCACGGAACCUGCUGGCAGUUUGGGUUCAUAUACGUACUGGAGUAAAUAUACAUACUGGUGUGUCCUCUGCCUGGCUGAGUGUGCUGCUGGCUAGCUAUGUGUCUGUGUUCAUGUAUAUUGUCCGAUUUACUGACCUAGAUCAAAUGUCCAUUUGCUGUAAUGAGAUGAUGUUUAAAAGUCCUCUCCUUGUCUCCUCCAGUGUAGAUUUCCUAAGCGUGUCGCAGCAUAUUAUGAGAAGUUAUGUGUCCUUACAACUAAGUAAUGUACGGUGAUUAAAAAACGUUGUUGUGCUAAAUGUCAAAUGGCUCAAAUUAUUAGUUUUGUUGUCUGUAAAACAUUGAGUAUGCAUUCCAAUAAAGUCUACUAAUCUGGA